UCUCUUUUUUUAUUCCUGUCUCCUCUCUCUCUCUCUCUCUCUGUUAGGCGGCGCCACCCCUCGAGUCAAAUCCUUCAUUGACCAGACUCUAUAAAAUCACACCCUCCUCAUCCCUUCCUCCCAAAACACACAACACCAUCAUCACCAUCGAUGCUUAACCCUAACCUUCACUAUAUACUUAAUUUCUCGAGAAUCUUUACAAUUCACAUGUUUCACUAGCUCUAACGUAUUGUAAUUCUUGAUUAUUUCCUGGUGGGCAUUCAAAAAAAUGGCACCCAAGAAGCUUAAUGCCAGCAACAGUAGCUGUUUCAAGAAAGCAAGUGGGGAUCAUGACAAGAAAGAGAUACAUUACAGGGGAGUUAGGAAGAGGCCGUGGGGGAGGUAUGCUGCUGAGAUAAGGGAUCCCGGGAAGAAAAGCCGGGUUUGGCUGGGUACUUUUGAUACGGCGGAGGAGGCUGCUAAAGCCUAUGAUAAAGCGGCGCGUGAGUAUCGGGGUGCAAAGGCGAAGACCAACUUUCCUUUUUCCGGGGAGGUGGUUAAUUAUGACGAUGACAAGCAGAGUUCUAGCCAGAGCAGCACCGUGGAGUCGUCGAGCUCUCCGGUUGUUUCUGCUGCGGCGACCCGCCAGGUUGGUGGUGGUGGAGUGGGCGGGGUUGUAGGGAUGGGAGGGUUUCCUUUUGUGUACCAGCAGCAGCAGCAGAAUGUUAACGUUGUUGCUCCUGUCUGGUUUUUUGAUAGUGUGAGGCCUGAGUUUGUGACUCAGCGAUUCCCUGUCCGGUUUGACCAGGGGGGUCUUGAGAGUGCUGGUGGGGCCCAGAGUGACUCGGAUUCAUCAUCUAUGGUAGAUUGUCAGCCACCGAGAUCAGUUCUUGAUCUUGAUCUUAACCUGCCUCCACCGCUGGAUGCUUGAUGAUUAUUAUUUUGUGUUUUAGGUUAUUCAGGGGAAUAACUUUUUAUUGUUAUUAUUAUUAUUGUAGUUAAUUUUAAAGACGGAAAAAAGCGAUGGUUUUGCUUAUUGGGUCACUCAUAACCCAAUGUAAAUAAGUUAUUCAAGAUUAUUUAAUGGAGAAUUUCUCAAUUGCAGAUA